CUGCUCCUCCGGCCCGGCCCGGCCCGGCCCGGCCCGAGCGCUCCGAGCGCAGCCCGCGCCCGGGGAGAGAGCGAGGCAGCGGGAUCACCAGAGGGCACCAGGAACCGCGCUGGGAGCCGGGCCGCUGAAAGGCAGCGAGCGCGGCAGGAGCAGCUGGAGGGCUGUGUGAUUCCCCGGCCGGGCGCUGAGGUGAUGCUGAGCACAUGAAUAGUGUGCAGGGACUCUUGGCUGCCUCUGUGAUUUCCAUCCAGAAUUCCUGCUUCAUCUAUCCUGCCUGUCAAAACUGCUUUUCUAGGCUGAUACUGGAUUCCAGGAGGUUCAACUGUUUAAAAUGUGGCUGCACAGGUGAAGCUAAAGAAGCAAGCUACAGAUAUAGAUUGUCCCUAAAGAUUGCUGACACUAAUGAUUUGUUUGACAUCACUGUUUUUGGAAGUUGCUUAGAUCCAUUCUUUGGGGUCACCGCAGAGAAUCUGCAGAGGUAUAUUCAAGACUUCAAUCAGCUGUCAGGAGAAACAAACACAGAGUCAACUACAAGAGCAUUAGUUCAAGCUGUGGAAACCUGUUUCAUUGGAAAAAGGUUUAUAUUUGGAGUGAAGCGUUGUGCAAGGGAAGAUGGAGGCCAUUCUGCUGCCAGCAGCAUCUUGCAGAAGUGUUCCAGAAUUAAUAGAAGUACGAAAAACCUUGUGGCGUGCCAGAUCUUCCUGCCAAAUGCUGCUGUUACUGGCUUUACUGUUUUCAGCUACUUAGAUCAUCUCCUGCAGUCGGCAAAAUUCAGGAGCUGUAAUAACAGCUCAUAUUUACCUGAUGCGUCAUCAGCUCCCAUAGAUGAACCUCUCAGUGAGCUCAGCAGCUUGUCUACCCUGAGCAGGAGCUCCUGUUUUGUUCAGUCUAGUGGCAGGGAAAGUUUUUUAGGGUGCUGGCAGCAAUCCUUAAGUCUGACUUCAUCUGUUGCUUGGGUAACAGCGGAAGACUUUCCCACUCUGGAAGUGGGAAAUCUGGUGAGUGAACAGCAUGAACAAGAGGAGAAGCCUGUCUCUGCAGAAUUGGGCAGUGUAAGCCUCAACAAUCAAACUCUUUGGGACUCACAGUUUCUGAUCUCUUCUGUGAAGGAAGGGGAUAAAGAGAAGGAUAAUGAAUCAAGUUCGCAGCUUAAUCGGACUGAUGGUAUCUCUGCAACUGAUAAAUUGGAGAGAGUUUCCUCUUCAAACACCAAAUGUUCCCAUGGAAACAGUUCCAAGUUGUUACAACAUCCCUUGAAAUCUGAGGUAAAAAACAAUUACCCAAAAACUAAUAGUAGAAACUAUUGUUACACAGAAAAAUCCCACAACUCCCUUGUUUGCAAGAGAGAUGUUUCAACUCCUAAUCACGUGAAUGUAGAUGGAGUGUCUCAGAUGGACUCUGUGUUUUGGGAAGAGCUCCCAUUCUCAGAAAGCCUGAAUGAAUUGUUAGCCAGAAUAGAGGAUGGCAGGAAUGUUGUAACAUCACCUAGCCUUGAUGCAGGCAAAUUUGUCCAUCUUGAAAGUAACAAGUUGGGUGUAAAUCUUAACAAAUCAUAUUCCAAGCAAGCUGUAGGUGAUUUGCCUGCAGCCAGUGUCUCAGGGAGGCUCUUGCCACCAGCAGGGAAUGAUAGUUGGGAGACCACAGUGUUUGCUUGUCUUCAGUCAAAUGCAAACCCUCCAAGUGAUGUCUCACAAUACGAGUCUUCCCCUAGUGAUUUAUCUUCAACCCUCAAGGAAGGUGGAGCAUCCUCUCCAGUUACACCAGAGCCUUCAAUUUCUCAGAGCGGAUGUGUGCAGUCCAAAGAAGCAAAUAAUGACAAUGCAAAUUCAUCUUGGUCUUUUAUUAGGCUGCAUGGAGAAACCUCCUAUUCAAAAAAGAGCAAGACAGUCACCUGUGUGCAUUCUGCAUGUGAAAGCUGUUUAGCUUCUUGUGAAAAUAAAGAAAAUUAUUCUACACCAAGCGAAAAAAAGGAUCUUACACUUAUAGGGGCCCAGGUCUCUGAUCCACCAACUCCCAACAAUGCAAGAAGUAUAUAUAAAAGAGAAUUAAAACCAUUGACAGAACUGUCAGGUAAUACCUUCAGAAGUGUUAGUAGGAAAGAGCUGCAGUGGAACAACACCUUCCCUGAAGGCAGCUACAAUGCUUCUGCUGAUCUCUUUGAUGCAAGUGUAAGAGAUGUAGCAAAACCUGUGGAAUUCUUAAAUAAAUCAUGUAAUUCUUUAAUACAGGAAGAUACUUUGACAGAGAAGGUCACAGCUGAAUCAGUGCUUUCUCCUGGAGGUGUUCCUUGUAACAGUUCAAAACUGAGCUCAUCCCUACACAGGUCCCCUCAGGCUUUUAGCAAGCACAGUACACCUGUAACUUACUCCUUUUGGGAUUCGGAAUGCAGUUCAGUUUGUGCUCAGGACUUCGUUCCUUAUUCACAGUCAACUCCUAUGACAAAACCUCUGCAGAAACUAUGGCCUGUUGGGGAGAGAAGCUCUUUUAUCACCCUAUUCACCCCUAAAAAUCCCACUCAAAUCCAUUCCAAAGGCAAGCGAUCCAGGUCUUCCUUUCAGAACACUCUGCUGCAGCAGCUUACUGGCAAGUUAGUAAAACGUGAGAGACCAAGGAACACGAAAGACAAAGAAAGUGGUAGCUCUGCUUCCCAGAAGUUCCUUAACAGCCAACUGCCUGCCAGCUUGGAGGAGUGGAUCCCUCCAUCUUCAAACAAAGGGCUGAAACCAACUGCAUCUUUAAAAUUAAGAACAGUUAGCUGGACUGCUGACUUGCAAUCCACCUGUGGGCACACUGGCAGCAACCCUAUUUCUGAAAGCAGAAAGAACAGUGAAAAUUAUGAAAAUCUCAUCCAAAAUGAGAGAAUAAGCCCUGGGGAUAGAGCCGGGAUUCUAACUCCUUUAUCUGCAAGUGUCACCAAGACCUCAUUUUUAGAUGAUCUCGUCCUGAAAACUUGUUCCCCUUCAGAAGGUGAGAAUUACCUCUCAGGUGGAAAUUAUUCAGAGGUUGUGUUGGAAGGGCCAACUCUCUGGUCUCCUGAACUGUUCUUCCAAGCACGGACCCCUUUUUCCAAGAAGCCAAAAUACUAGGAAAGAUACAUUUCUGUGCUGUGUUCUUUUUAAUUUUUUUAAAACUUUUGGGGAGGAUCUGGUGAAAGGAAAGAGCUAUUUAAAAGUUAAAUUGUUUAUACACCUGUCAGCAUAUGUCUUGCAAAGAGGAGUUAGGUUUAUUUUCAGACCUUUGUACCACAGAGAUGAGGGAAAUUAGAAUUUGUAGUUACUAUAUUUUCUUGAAAAUUAAUGAGGAUGUGCAAUAAACACUUUUGUAAAUGUGUGAGUAUUGAAUAGAUCUCACUUCAUAAAGAAGAAGUAGGUGAAGUGUU